GCAGCGGCCUUCCCUCAAAUGGCCGAGAUGGUUGCCAACAACAAGCGACAGGUUGGGAUCCCGACAGGCGCAGUCCAGUUCCCAGAAUUCCCAGGAACACCGGUGCAUGCGAGCUUUAACAGCUUCGACGCAAGCUCGCAACUCGUAUCAACUUCGGGGGACCAUGAGUUCCGGAUGCCAGGUCCUGGCGAUGUGAGAGGACCAUGUGCAGGUCUCAACGCAGCCGCCAACCACGGCUACAUCCCUCGCGACGGUAUCGCUACUGCAGAGGCCAUCAACACUGGUCUGUGGGAGGCAUUCUCGCUCGACAAGACAGCAACUCUCUUCCUCCAGACAGCAACGAUGUUCUUCAACGGUGAUCCCAUCAGCGGUAGAUGGUCCAUUGGUCCACAUGACCCCCGGACGGGAUCACUCGGACCUCUCGAUGGCUUGCUCGGCAACGAGACCGGUAUCUGUGCAUAUGGACAUUUGAGAACGGAAGCAGAUGCUUCCAUCACCCGCGGUGACUGGCUUGCACCAACCAUGAACUCCAACUGCAUCUCAUACCCACAAUUCAUGCAGGAACUCUUCGAUCUCGCAGACCAGAUGGGCAACGGCCUGAUCACAGCACGUGUAAUGGCGCAGCACUCGUCCAACCGCAAGAAAUACAGCAUCGCCAACAAUCCCAACUACUUCGCUCCCGUGUACCCUGGUGUUGCCUUCACCUUUGGUGCACACAUGUUUGCCAAUGUGCUGCUCUCCAACCACUCCGCACAGGAGCCUCGGGGUUUCUUGACCAAGGAGGUGUUUAUGCAAUUCUUUGGGUACACUCGAGAUUCCAACGGAGCUCUCCAGUACACCUUUGGCUCUGAGCGCAUCCCCGACAAUUGGUACAAGCGAUCCGAGCAAGACCCAUGGACUCUCGCCGACAUUCUUGCCUCCACCGCUCAGCAAUGUGUUUCCUACCCCAGCAACUGCCAAGUGGGCGGCAACACCGGUACCGUCAACAGCUUCUCCGGUGUUGACCUCGGAGAUAUCUCUGGUGGUCUCAUCAACUCUGCGACAGAUCUCCAAGACCCACAGCGACUCGGCUGCUUCAUCUCGCAGAUGAUUCAAGCCGACACGCCAUCCUUCCUGGCGGGCGUCUUCAACGGCAACCUUCUCAGCCAAGCUAUGGGUGCGGUGCAGACCAAGCUGCUCCCUGCUCUUGCUGGUCUCGGUGCGUGCCCCAAUAUGCCCAAGGGAAAGGCACAGGGAGAAUGGGAUCACCAGUUUCCUGGCGCCAACAGUGCUGUUGAGGGACCUCGUAAC